AUGCCAUGCCAUCCCCUGGUGCUGUUCCUAUGGAAAGGAUGGGAGAGUGUUGGAGAAGAUCUGGAGCAGCAACCCCCGAGAGUGCCCAAGCUGGCCUGGGUGGAUGAGGAAGAGCAGGAGGAGGAGGAGGAGGAGGAGGAGGAGGAAGAAGGUCCUGGAGCUGCCCCAGAAGUGGAGACUGAAGAGGUGCAGGAGUUCCAGCCGCUGGAGGAGGAUGCAGCCAUGGACCAGACACAAGAGCAGGACCUUGCCUGUGGCCUCUUCCACAGAACACCUGCACAGCGCAUUUGGCAAGAAGAGACCAGUGUCAUGGGCACUGGGUCCAUGGAAGAUGGUGACGUCUACACCAGCGACACCAGUGCUGCCAUGAUGGAAUUCAUUUUAGAGGAGGGUGUUUCCAUUCCAGAGCAAGUGCCUGCCAUGGUGAGGUACAUCCACCAGUGCCUCAUGGCUAAUGAGUCUGCUGACUCCAGGCUGGGCAGGACCCUGCUGGAUCUGACCGAGGCACAGCCCGCUGACGUGGUCAUUGCUCUCCUGCGUGUGGCCCCAACGUGUGACAGGUACGAGGCCCAUGUGCCCAGAGGGCUCAGGGCUCCCCAGCCCAUCAGCCUGCACAGCCUGGCCCAGGUGUCUGACCAACAGAGAGUUCCAGGGUCCUGUGUACCUGGGACCUUUCCCAGCCCUGCUCCAUUGGCCCCUGAGCCUGCUGCCAUGCUGUGGAGACUUCAGGGCAGAAUGGUUAGGCGAGAAAGGCCAUGACUGUACAAACUUGCUAGAGAUAAAACACCACUAGUGCAGAGGCAGUCUCAAGGACGGAUUGCCCUUGAGAUAUGGGGAGGAGAACAAGAAUGUGGUAAACAGAACGAGAAAGAAGAACCAGGGACGGUCUGGUAACCGCAAGAAUGCAGAAGCACAUAGCUAUGUACCGCAGUAACAUAGAUAGCAGAAUAACCAAUGAUGAGCUAUACUUUUGCAAUAUGUAUGAGCUAAUUAAAUCAUGUAUUUAAACACGAGUGUAAUGAUCAAUAAACGAGAUUUGCUUGACGACCA